GCGAUCUCCUGCUGCUUUGAGAGCUGACCGCAGCGCCGUCACCAUGUCGCUGGCGGCCUCGGCGGGCCGGGGCCCGGGGGCCGUGUGGUCCCCAACGCACGUACAGGUGACGGUGCUGCAGGCGCGGGGCCUGCGGGCCAAGGGCCCCGGGGGCACGAGCGACGCGUACGCGGUGAUCCAGGUGGGCAAGGAGAAGUACGCCACCUCGGUGUCGGAGCGCAGCCUGGGCGCGCCGGUGUGGCGCGAGGAGGCCACAUUCGAGCUGCCGCCGCUGCUGUCCGCCGGGGCCGCACCCGCGGCUGCCGCCACCCUGCAGCUCACCGUGCUGCACCGCGCUCUGCUCGGCCUGGACAAGUUCCUGGGCCGUGCCGAGGUGGACCUGAGGGACCUGCACCGGGACCAGGGCCGCAGAAAGACCCAGUGGUAUACCUUGAAAUCCAAACCAGGAAAGAAGGAUAAAGAGCGAGGAGAAAUUGAGGUUGACAUCCAGUUUAUGAGAAACAACAUGACUGCUAGCAUGUUUGACCUUUCCAUGAAAGACAAAUCUCGGAAUCCACUUGGGAAGCUGAAGGACAAGAUCAAGGGGAAGAAUAAGGAUAAUGCAUCAGACACAGCUUCAGCUAUUGUCCCCAGCACGACACCCUCAGUUGACAGUGAUGAUGAGUCUUCGAAAGACAAGAAGAAGAAGUCAAAGAUCAAGACCUUGUUUUCCAAGUCAAAUUUGCAGAGAACACCCCUUUCCCAGUCCAUGUCUGUCCUGCCUACUUCAAAGUCAGACAAAGUCCUGCUUCGACCUGGGAACUUUCAGGCCCAGUUGGGGGAUGAUGACAAUGAGGAUGUGUUUUCUUCUGCCUCAGACAUCAUGUCUCACAAGAGAACAGCAAGUGCAGAUCCUAAGCACCUCAACCAGAUCAGCUUCACCCUCCCCAAGAAGGAUGGACUCUCGUUUCUUGGUGGCCUUCGGUCUAAGAAUGACCACCUUUCCCGCUCUAAUGUCUGUAUCAAUGGGAACCAUGUUUACAUGGAACAGCCAGAAGCGAAGAGUGACACCAAGGACAGCCCCCGAUCUUCCACCCCAUCUCCCCAAGGUUUAAGGAAGAAGCAUUUGUUCUCAUCUACAGAAAACCUGACUGCUCACUCUUGGAAGGAACCUGAGGACAGCAGUGCACUUUCUACCAACAAGCAGGCCCCUGUGUCUUCCACAAAGGACUCCCUGAAAUCCAUGACUCUGCCAUCCCAAUGGUCACCGGUCAGCGAUGACAUUGGGGAAAACUUGGAGACCGCAAAAGGAACCAAAGAGAGCAAGAAGCAGGAGAACAAGAAGUCCUCCUUGCUUUCUCUGGUGACAGGAAAGAAGGAUGUGGCUAAGGGCAGCGAAGAUGAAAACCCUUCAGCCAUCUUGGGGAAGGAGAAGGAAGUCAAACUGAAGGAGGAUGACUCUAUGCCUGUUGAAGACCUUGUGAAAAGAUCUGAGAAAGAUCCCGUGGCUGUUGUCUCUGGACGAGGUAAAUCCCUGGGACCUUUUGAAGAAGUGCAGAGCGCAGAGCCGGAAGCAGACCCAGAGUGGAAGUCAGAACCUUCACUACCUAUGACCUCUGCCAGGGCUCCCCAGACCAAAGCCGUCAAACCUCGACUGGAAGUGUCUCCAGAGGCUCAUCCCGCAGCCAGGCUUCUUUCCUCCCCUGAUUCUCUUCUUUUGUUUCCUGUUCUGUCUUCCAAUUCUGAUCAGACACCUGUCCCUUCUAAACUGGGGCAUGAUUCAGACAUCCCAUCCUCUGAAUGUCCUUCUUCCUUCUCCUCUUUCUCAUCUCCUACAGCAGCUCCCAUUUCUACAUCUACUCCGAUUAAAAACUGGCCUUCCACAGACAAAGGCCAGGCCAGGUCUGAAGAAGCAUCUUUGCUUGUUAAAACAGAGUUGCAAAAGGAUAGUUUAACCCUAGUUCCAAAUACUGCUUCUUGCACGUUGGGUUCACUUUCCAAAGAGCCACCCAUUCCAGUGUGUGAAGGGACAGGAUAUUCUUCAAUGGGGAAGACCAAUGAAGAGAAUACCAGUGCCAGUGACUUAGAAAAAUCUUUCCUGAAAAGGCCUGAAGUGGGGCAACAAGAAGAACUUCUGGAAUUUUCUUCCAAAAAACAAGACUCUCUCUCUUCUUCCAAAGAGACCCAAGAGGGAACAUUUGCUCUUUCACUCACAAGUGGCAGAAAUGAAAACCAGACUGGGAGGCCUCUGAUGGGGGAAAACACAGACUUUGAGGGUCAGUCCAGGUCUUUUGUGGGGAACAGAGUUAGGACUGGCAAGAGGACUUCUGUAAUUAAAGAAGCUUCGCCCCUUCUUCCAAUGGAAGAAUCGGUCUCCCCACAUGAUUCCAUGAUUCAGAAACAUCAGGAAAUAGGUCUGAAUGUCAGUGAGGGCAGAAAGAAAACCAAAAAACGUGUGUCAUUUUCUGAGCAGCUCUUUGUGGAAAAGGAUGUGGAGAAGUGCCCUGGAUUGGUUGAAGAGGACAGAAGUAACCCCCAGGGGCUGGCCCAUGAAGGCACUGUGGCUGGAAAUGUGUCUGAGGGGGAGCCUUCUGUGUCCCUCCACACAGAAGACUCUGAGAGGGAAGCUGUGACUGAGGCCGCCCCUGUGGCAGGUCACCUCCCUUUCCCCUCUCAUGAGGAGUCUCUCUCAGAAGGCCGUGUGAGUGGGGAGGCAAGGGCAGGGAAAGACAUCCUACUCUUUAGGACUGAGGGAGAUGACACCCUGAUGGUUCAGAAUCAAAGCAAAGCCAGUGAUCACGAAGGCUUAUUGUCUGAUCCCCUGAAUGACCUUCAGUCUGCCUCAGAUCUUAAGUCUCCAGUCAUGGCAGAUCUGGAUUUAACCCUCCCUUCCAUUCCUGAAGUCGCAUCGGAUGAUGAAAGAAUAGAUCAGAUUGAAGGUGACAGAGAGAGAUUGGAGGUCGCCACUCCAGAAGUAGAAGCUUCUUCCUCAAGCACAUUACUGUUACCUGCCCACCCUGGAAAGGACAAGGGGCCAAGUGGUGAGGGCGAGGCUAGUGUGCCGGCAGUACCCCCAGAGAGCCUGCAUGAGCUCAGUCCGAAAGCACCCAAAGCAUAUGUUAUGACUUCUUCAGAGCAGACUACAAGUCUAGGAAUUUGUACACCAGAUCUUGGCAAGAGCUCAAGCCUGGAUAAACAGCUGCCAGCCCCCGGCGGUGGUGAAGAAGAAAAACUGUUGGGAAGUGGGAGGCCCAAUCAGCCUCCUGAUGUGGCCCUGAAGUGUCCUGUGUCCAGAUCCUCCUUUUCUGAAACCUUUCCUUCCAUACACUCUUUUCCCAACUCUCCACAUUCUGACACUCACCACGCCAGCACAGCAGAAUCUCAAAAAAAAGCAACAGCAGAGGGCUCCGCUGGUAAAGUGGAAAAUUCUGGCAAGAGGAAGCCGCCGCUUCAGGCCUGGGUUUCACCUUCAGAGUCACAUCCAGUCUCAGCUCAGCCGAGUGCUGGAAUUGGGUCAUCCAAGCACAGACUUCAGCCUGUGAAGCCAAUGAAUACAACUGCCACCAAGAUUGCUAACUCCAGCUUGGGAACUGCUACCAUCAUCAGCGAGAACUUGAUCAACGAAGCCAUGCUGAAGAAAUACAACCCCUCGGACCCUGGUUUUGCUUAUGCACAGCUAACCCAUGAUGAACUGAUUCAGCUGGUCCUCAAACAGAAGGAAACAAUAAGUAAGAAGGAAUUUCAGGUUCGCGAGCUGGAAGACUACAUCGACAAUCUGCUAGUCAGGGUCAUGGAAGAAACCCCCAACAUCCUCCGAGUUCCCACGCAGGUGGGCAAAAAAGCUGGAAAGAUGUGAAUCCCCAGCAUGUCACACUGAGACUUUGUUUCCAUCUGCUCCUGAGGUCAAGGACUCGGUAUGCCUGAUAACCAACAUACGGGCUCCAAAUCACCAUCUCCCUUGCGUGUUAUCUGAUAAGAGUCAAUUCUGUCCACUGAAACCAGGUUAAUUAUUACUUGAUGCCUUUUCUGUACAUUCCCAGGAUUUUAUUUGUAAAUGCCUCUGUGCCUUUAACUAUGUUGUAAAUAUUUUGUGCCCUGACUGGAGAUAUGGCCAUGAGAUCUGAUCCUGGUCCAGAGAUUCGGGUGGCACCCAAGGCGUGAAUGUAGUUUAACAUUGGAGUUUGCUAUGGAGAUUUUAAAAUAUGUAUCCCCCUAGCCAUUAAAGGUUGGGUGAAAUGAGAAGGACCAGGCAAUUGGUGCUGUGUUACUUACUUUCCUGACUUUUGAAUAGCUCAGGUGUAGCUUUAAUGACUACAGAUGCUAACCUUUGAUACCACACACACACACUGGGCUCCUUAGACUUGGUCUUGUUACUUUGACUGGAGCUGAGGAGUUCCAGGAAAGCCGCUGACUGUGCCUUUUAGACUUGUAACAAGCUACCUUUACUAAACAUCAGCUUCCACCACCAUCCAGCAUCACAGUGGUGCUCUAUAUCCACCCAGAGGACCUUUGUGGAGAUGAGAAAAGUACAACAAGGGAAUGAAGUCACUUUGCACUAGGGGAAGUUGGUCAGAAGUCCCCUGCUUGUGGUGGCAGGGUUCCUGCUGGCUGAUGGCCUGGCCAGCACCUUGAUAAAGGGCUGGGCAGCCCGAGCACUUACUCACGUGCUUAUCCCAGGCAUGGAGUGACUACAGAAGGACCCCUUUCUUUCACUUUUACCACCAUGGAUGACUAUAUGUUAAGAACUAGAUGAAUACACAUUUUUGAACUAGAACACCUGCCCCUUUCUUAAUAGUGCCAAUUCCAGUUUGGAUUCUUUGGGUAACUUUGUUGUUAGUAACCUAAUGUUGGAAUUAGAAUGUUCUGUAUCGUACAUUUUUUUAUCCUGGUUGUUAUAGAAUCUCAUCAAAUCUAGACAUCUCUCCUGGGGGAAAGCAUAGAGGUGGAUAGGUGUGGAGACCAUAGCAGUGAUUAAACUGAGAAUCUUGUCUCUGUUCUAUUGAUGUUAAGAGGCAAGAUUUUGGGUGGCGGAAUCCCAUUUCAGGACCAUGUUUGCUGCAACCUCAGUUCUGUCGGAGCACUUUAAUCUGAAGGAUGAUACUGUAACUCGAUUUAUCUAAUUAGCUUUCAGUGAUCCAUUGCUAUUUUAUUUAAUACUCUCCUAUAGUACUGGGGACCACUGUAAACUUUCGGAUGACUUGUAUUUUUAUAGUGCUAUGAAAUUUAUUUACAUACCUAUAAAGAGAACUGUAUAUUCACUUGAAGUCUGAAAAUGUCCAUGUAUGUAUUUGUUCAGCAAUACUUUUUUUACUUCAUAUAAAUGUAUUUUGACUGUGAUAAUCCAGGUGCACUGGGGUGGCGGAGGGCAGCUCUCCUUUGAUGAGCUGGUGUGGAGACUUGCAUUAUGUAAGGAGGGGUGUUUGGUUUGGAGAAAAUGUGCUGCUAGGGGCUCAGACAUGUAACUUGGUCAGUAUUUGAGAGGGACAUUUGGGUAAAGGAGUGAAUUCCUGUGCUCUGAAACACCACUUGGUAACUCUAAUGAAGGACAAUUUACUUCAAGGGUGUCUGGCUUCUACCACUGGGGAACAAAAAAGAAUUUAUAGAAUUCCAGCAAUUCACAACAUAGAUAAUAAGAUAACUUGUAGGUCAUUAGUUAAUAACUAUUCUUGAGGACUCCACUUUAGAGGAGAAUUUACCUAAGAAAAACUUUUGCCUGCUCUGACCAAUUGGCAGAGGCUGGGGAAUCAGGGUGCUGAGCUCCAUUAACAGGCAUAUGUUUGAGGACAUAUACCCAUCUGCACGAGGAGAGCAAGGACUUGCCUCUUGUUCCUGUAAAUGCCAACCUAACUGGUGGGCCCCAGGAUGAGGCUGCAUCUGAGAAGCAGGAGCAGCCCUUUUCUUGGUCUUGAUCGACUGCCUCCAGAAAGAGCACGGUAUACUUAGGGAAGCACCCAUAAGUACUAAACACCUGGCAAUGAACUUCAACUGGAGAAAACAGCUUCCUGAAUAAAAUGACAAUCCUUUGCCUGAUUGUUUCAUAUCAUCUCAUAUCUUGGACUUUGACAGAUGUCCUGCCCCGCCCCCCCUUUUAGUCCUAUGUGUUAACCUCAUCAGGGUGACAGAAUGGAGGAGCAAGAAAGUCUGCCCUUUGCCAGGCUGAACAGCUGUUGACCUUGAGCAGGGGGUGUGCUCACAUGGAUGGAAUACCUGUAUGUGGUUUCAAGCUUUUUUACCAGAGGGAGCAGAAGGUCCUUGACAGUUAGCCACAUAACUAUAUUGAAGGCAAGAGACAAUUUAAUGUUAAAUUAUGCAGGGGUCUUCCCCCAAAGAUCCCUUCUCCCAAUCAGCCUUUUUUUUUUUUUUUUUAACUACUAAUGAAUGAAAACUGAAAGGUGGAGAACCUUCAACUAAGAUAGAGAACUUAGCUUCCUAGUAGCCACACCAUCCUCAACCCUGUGGUUCUCAACAUUUUAUGAGCUACUAACUUGACCUCUUCUUCCCUCCAAUUGAAGGACCACCCAGUGUUUUUGAAUUAAAGAAUUAUUUCCUACUUUGUUAUUUGGGAGUUUUCAAUUUCUUUGGUUUUGUUUCUAAGAAGUAACAUGAAGUUUCCUAUAACACUAAAUAAAAUGGUACUGCCUUUUAAAGAGUUGUGUCUGUA